AUGUUGGCCCGCCACUGGAGACCGCCCUUCCCCCGCUGGUCCGUGCGGCUGGGCAGCGCCGCUGGUGCGGCGGUGCCCUCGAGCAACUGGGCGAUCAGCCGGCUCGUCAGGGACGGGGAUGUGGAUUCCGCCCGGAGGCUGUUCGACGCAAUGCCGGUGAAGAAUCUCGUCUCCUGGAACCUGAUGCUGGCGGCGUACUCCAAGAAGCCCGGCCGCCUGGCGGAGGCCCGGGAGCUCUUCGCCGAAAUCCCCUCGCCGGACGUUGUUUCCUUCAACACGAUGCUCUCCUGCCACUUCCGCAACGGCGACGCCGAAGGCGCUCGCCGCCUCUUCAACCAAAUGCCCGCCAGGGACUGCGUCUCCUGGAACGCCAUGAUCUCCGGGCUGGCGGAGAACGGGGCGACGGAUGAGGCGCGGGGGGUCUUCUCCGCCAUGCCGGAGAAGAAUCUCGUCUCCUGGAACACAAUGAUCGCCGGGCUGGUGCGGGCCGGGGAUCUGGCCCUCGCCGAGAAGUACUUCCGGGAAGCUCCGGACAAGGACGACGUCGUCCUGCAGACGGUGAUGAUCAGCGGGUACAUGGCCGCCGGAGAGGUCGACAGGGCGCGGUCCCUCUUCGACGGGAUGCCCGCCAGGAAUCCGGUGACUUGGAACGCCAUGAUCUCCGGCUUCGUCGACAACCAGCAACCGGAGAACGCGCUGAAGAUCUUCCAGGCGGCACUGGGCGGCGGCUCUAGCCCCCGCCUCAGACCCAACUCCUCCACAUUGAGCAGCGCACUCCUGGGCUGCAGCCAUCUUUCUGCCCUCGAAUUGGGCAAGCAAAUCCAUCAACUCGCCUGCAAGCUCCCCCUGAUCCUCGACCCCGUCGUGGGGACGUCGCUCGUCAGCAUGUACUGCAAGUGCGGCGAUCUAGGCGCCGCACGCAAACUGUUCGAGGAAAUGCCUCGAAGGGACGUCGUCACCUGGAACGCUAUCAUCUCCGGCCACGCCCUCCACGGCCGCGGCGGGGAGGCCCUCAAACUGUUCCACGAGAUGACAAACAACCAGGGGAUCCUCCCCAACUGGGUCACCUUUGUCGCCGCCCUCUCGGCCUGCGCCCACGCCGGCAUGGUGGGCGCCGGCCGGCGCAUCUUCCGCUCCAUGAGGGAGCGGUACGGCGUGGAUCCCCGCCCCGACCACUACUUCCCCAUGGUGGACCUCCUCUGCAGGGCCGGCUUGCUGGCUGAGGCGGCGGAGCUGAUCCGCCGAUCACCCUUCCGUCCCCAUGGAGCCCUCUUCGGGGCCCUCCUGGGGGCCUGCAGGGCGCAGAAAAACCCCGAGCUCGCGGAGUUCGCCGCCGGGAGGCUCCUCGAGCUCAACCCGAGGAGCGCUGGCGCCUACGUGCAGCUGGCCAACGUCUACGCCGCCGCCGGCCGGUGGGAGGACGUCUCCAGAGUCCGGCGGCUGAUGAGGGAGGGGAAACUCGUCAAGGCCCCCGGGUGCAGCUGGAUCGAGGCGAAGGGCGCUGUCCACGUAUUCCGUUCAGGGGACCGCCGCCACCGGGAGCUGGAGGCCAUAUGGGCCAAGCUGGCGGAGCUGGAGGAGGCCAUGAAGAGGGCUGGCCAUGCGCCGCAUCUCGGGUCGGCGGGUCACGACGUUGUGGUGGAGGAGAAGGAGCGGAUGCUGCUAGGGCAUAGCGAGAAGCUCGCCAUCGCCUUCGGGCUGCUGGCCGUCCCCGCAUGGGCGACGAUCCGCGUGUUCAAGAACCUCAGGGUCUGCGUGGACUGCCACAACGCCACCAAGCUCAUCUCCACUCUCGAAGGGAGAGAGAUCGUCGUCAGGGAUACCUCCAGAUUCCACCAUUUCAGGGAUGGUUCCUGUUCCUGUGGGGACUUCUGGUGA